ACUCCAAUUCCCUUAUUUAUACCAUGGCAUUGCCACACUUCUCUUCCCAUACACACUCCCACCUUCUCCCAACAUCCCUUCCUACCUGCAUUCAAUCAGUCAUUUCUAAGCUUUCUCUUAUUCCUUCUUAAUUUUCAUGGCUCCCCUUCUCUGUCUUCUCAUUCUCAUGAUCACUACUUGCAGCGUUGCUCAGGGUCCACCUUCCCCUGGUUUCUCCCCCAGUUCCAAAUUUAGUCCUAUUAGCUUUAAUCAAGGUUUUAGAAAUCUCUGGGGUUCUCAGCAUCAAACCAUAGACCAGGGUUUAUUAACAAUUUGGCUUGACAGUACCUCUGGAAGUGGGUUUAAGUCGCUUAAGCCCUAUCGUUCAGGUUUCUUCAGUGCUGCCAUCAAGCUCCAACCUGGCUAUACUGCAGGAGUGAUCACAUCUUUCUAUCUUUCAAACAACGAAGACUACCCUGGGAACCACGAUGAAAUCGAUAUCGAGUUCCUGGGAACAACACUGGAUAAGCCUUAUACCCUGCAGACCAACGUGUAUAUGAAGGGAAGUGGAGAUGGAAGACUGAUAGGGAGGGAAGUGAAGAUUCAUCUCUGGUUCGAUCCAACCAAAGACUUUCAUAAUUAUGCUAUCCUAUGGACCCCAGAUGAGAUCGUAUUCCUAGUGGACGAUGUCCCCAUAAGAAGGUAUCCAAGAAAGAAUGACGCUACAUUUCCCGCAAGGCCAAUGUGGGUGUAUGGAUCGAUAUGGGAUGCGUCAACAUGGGCCACAGAGGAUGGAAAAUACAAAGCCGAUUACCGGUACCAACCAUUCAUAGGUAGGUACAAAAAUUUCAAGCUGGGCGGGUGCACCACCGAUGCAGCAGCCUCCUGCCGGCCACCCUCCGUCUCGCCGUCCUCCGCAGGAGGCCUGAGCCAACAGCAGUACUCAGCAAUGGAAUCGGUGCAGAAGAAUUACGUGGUUUAUGACUAUUGCCAGGACCCCAAGAGAGACCACUCUCAGAUACCAGAGUGUUAGGUAGAUGUUGAUAAAAAGGCUAAAGAGUGGGUUGGUUAUACACAGUUAUAAGUUGUUACUUAAGUUACAAAGACAGUUUGUUUUGGAGUGCAUUGUGAUGGGUCCAGCUUGCCAAGAACAGGUGCAAGAGUAGUUGAGCGCGCGUCCAAGCCUCCAAGAUUUGAAUCGCUUUUGUUGGAUUGUUGUUGGAAUAAAUUAUUUGCUUGCUAUUUUGGUUAAAGGAUAGGUGUGGGUGUGGGUGUGACAAAUGAGAGAGGUCUUUGGGUAUUUGUGUAUACACUCUGCUAUUACUUAAUAAAGCAGAGAAAGAAUUGUGAUUGUGUACCAAUUACUUAUAAUAUUAUUACAUUAUAAAGAUUGAUAAGGUCUCUUUAAA